UCUGCUCGUACACCUCGUGCCCGCGCAGGUGUGGCUCUGAAGCUCGUGUCCGCCACCCCUCCCCCCAGCUACAAACUACUAACCGUGGCCGCGCGCUCCCGUGAAGUAAUUCAUUGUAUCAGAUUGAGACGGGAGGAAGAGCGACUCGACUGGUCGGCAAAGCAACUCUGCUCCUGGAAACACUGUAACUCCGACUGCAAGCCACAUAAAACUGCAGGGAUGGCAGCCAUCCGUAAGAAGCUGGUGAUAGUGGGGGAUGGAGCCUGUGGAAAGACCUGUCUUCUGAUUGUCUUCAGCAAGGAUCAGUUCCCCGAGGUCUACGUGCCCACCGUGUUCGAGAACUAUGUCGCUGACAUCGAGGUGGAUGGCAAACAGGUGGAGCUGGCUCUGUGGGAUACAGCUGGUCAGGAGGACUAUGACAGGCUGAGACCUCUCUCCUAUCCAGACACUGACGUCAUCCUCAUGUGCUUCUCCAUAGACAGCCCCGACAGCUUGGAAAACAUUCCAGAGAAGUGGACCCCAGAGGUAAAACACUUCUGUCCAAACGUCCCCAUCAUCCUGGUAGGAAACAAGAAAGACUUACGCAACGACGACCACACGCGCCGAGAGCUGGCCAAGAUGAAGCAGGAGCCAGUGAAGUCGGAGGAGGGCCGGGACAUGGCCGGACGCAUCGCAGCUUUCGGCUACAUGGAGUGCUCCGCUAAGACCAAGGACGGCGUGCGGGAGGUGUUCGAGAUGGCCACCAGGGCGGCGCUGCAGGCCCGCCGCGGGAAGAAGAGCAAUAAAUGUGUAGUGCUGUAAAAUAGCCUGCACAUUUGGACUGUUUUCAAACCCCCGGGGCGACUGUAGCCAGGGGUUAGGGCUCGGGAGGGGCGGAGGGAGGAUUACUAUACGGGAGAGGGGGGGAGGAAAAGAGUGCAGUAAAUGACUACCGCUGUAAAAUGGCUAUCUGUUGGACUGAAUUUACCCUAGGACUUGGGUUUGGGAAGCUUUUGAUAGACAUGGACGGGGGGGGGGGGGGGGGAAUUGUGGGUGGGGGGGCUGACUACCGCUGUAAACCAUUGGGCUCUAUAUCUGUUUGUCUUUUUUCAACAAGCCACUUACACUGAUAAACACCAGGAGGAGACGGCAACAAAAGCUCUAGUUUCUGCCUGGAUGACUUGACACAUGGACAGCACAGGAGCGCCACUGUAGACAGCCACCAGUGGACUACCUGGAAGAGGGGGGGGGGGGCGGUGUGAAGUUAGACGGGUGCUUUAGUUACCCGGGGAGGAUUGAGCAGCCCCCAAAGUAGACAAAUCACCAGUAAUGUUCUAUGAGCUUGCAGUUCAAUUGAAAUGAUUGGGUUUUUAUGGGACAGUCAGUGUCGCUAAUCCUGUGCUCGCAGUGACAAACCCAUUGAGCCGUACUCUUACCACAUUGACCUGUAACAGAGCCAGCUCCAUAGUGAACGCUCUGUCUUUCACACAUUAAUGAACAGUCUGAAUCGAGAAAAAUUACCCUUGGCCCUAGCCUUAAUGUUAAACUAAUUCCUGUGCAUCAUGACCUGAUCUGAAAAUCCAAGUGGCUCUCAGCACCACCUGUACUAAUCUUCACAGUGCAGUGAUUCAGAGGAAAGGGUACAUUUGACUGCAUAUGACAGGCAUUAAAGUACCCACAUGCUGGUGAAUCUACUGAGGUUGGUUUGUCUACUUCAGGGUGUUACCGUCUUCCUAAAUAUCAAAGUGAAGGAGGGGAUUUGUGUUCCCGUUGGAUCUUCUUGAGCUGACCGAACUAUGCUGCAUCUCAGCUCCCGCCCCUUCCUGUUCCACAGAGCUGACUGCUGGUGCUCUUCCUCCCCUGGUUAUAGACCGGGACAAAGAACAAGGAGAAGAGAGGACCGUGUUUACAGGCACACCACUGAUGUCCUUAUCUGGGACGAACGACUAUUGAUUUUUUUUUUUGUGUGGGCAUGUUUGAAGGUCAAAUGUAAAACAACCUAUAACAGUUUGAGGGGAAAUAAAGGUGCCUGAGAUAUACCAUGUUAUCCACAAUAUACAUUUAUACUGGUCAGCUGUAGGCAGCAGCCAUCUGCUUUAACAUGAAAUGCGUGACACCUUUUUAUUAAUAUAUAUCCUGUGCAUACUAAUGCCACAAUUGUCAGGUAAGGCAGCCGGAUAGAUUUUUGGCUGAAAAUCUGAAUCACUAACUAGCACAGUGAGCAUUUAUCAACUGCUGUAUGUUGGAUUCUUUCAUUUGGGGUAUUUUUUGAAGGUCUUUUCAUUCUAAAAAUUGUAAGGGUGUGCAGUUAUAUUUGGGAUUUUUCAGCUACCAGCCUUCCUUGACUUGUCUGCAUGUUUUCCUGGCAGAUUCAGGCUCUCUCUGACAGUGUUUAGCCCUCCUGUUGUUCUCCAGAAAUUUGUCUUGUGUUUUUAUACUUCAUUUCCUGCUUUAAAAAAAAGAGAAAAACUCAUAAAUAUGUUGUCUUAUCAGUAUUUAAAAUAUGAGGUGUAAGACUAUGGGACUGGUCGAAACUUAAGUUUAUUCUACUUUUGGUGCUUUACCUGAAUUCUUUUCUGAUGAUUUACAAUUGGUUGUAAGGACCUGUCAAUCAUCCCUGCCAAAUGCUGUUGUUAGGCAGUCAGGAGAAAGGCUGGCCUCUCGGCUGCCUGUCUAGAGCAUCGCCGGCUCUUUUUCUGUUCUUUGUUUUGAACACGGCUGAGAAGACAAAAAGGAAAAACAAUGCAAGUCUCUUUAUUAUGUACAAAUCAUUUUUAUUUCUUUUAUCGUUUUUUUUUUUUAAUCCAGAUGUUUGGAUGCUGAAGCAGUGACGUAAACAAAGGAACAGGAAAACCAAGCUGUAUGCAAAGUCUGUAAAUAUAAAAUGUGGGUUUGUUCAUACUAGACUAUACACACACGCACAUGACUGGAAACUAUUUGUAAACUAGCUUUGGUUUGUGUAAUAAAUUACUUUCUAUAACA